AUGCGCCUGCUCAACACCAAGACAUAUCGAGCUACACGAUACCGCAUCUGUGCACAGGAUCAUCGAAAGAGGGGACAGGUCGCCGGACCUGGCCAUCGAAAGAUCAUCAAGGCCUGCGACUUCGCUAGGAGCCGUAAAGCAAAAUGGAUCUGGAUCGACACGUGCUGCAUAGACAAGAAGAGCAGCCAGGAACUUUCCGAGGCCAUCAACUCCAUGUACGACUGGUACAAGGGUGCGGCUGAAUGCUAUGCAUAUCUUGCUGAUGUCCCUGCGACUCGUGGUAGAUGGACUGAUGAAAUCCUCUCCGACUUCAAGCGCAGUGUAUGGUUCACCCGUGGCUGGACUCUGCAAGAGCUCAUUGCUCCAUUAUUUGUAGUAUUCUGCGACUCAGCGUGGGAGAUCAUCGGUGUGAAGGAGAGUGCCAAUAACAUACUGCUUAGCCAGCCUGGCAGCAUUGGACCCCUCGGUACUUUGAACGCUGUACUGAGCCAGAUCACUGGCAUACCAGAACUGGUCCUCGGAGACGCAACAGAGCGUAGUCGAUACAGCGUUGCGCAGAAGAUGAACUGGGCUGCAGAUGGACAAAAUACCCGCGCCGAGGAUACCGCGUACUGCCUCCUUGGAAUCUUCUCUAUCAACAUGCCUUUGCUGUACGGAGAGCGUGAGAAGGCAUUCGUACGUCUACAACGCGAGAUCAUGAAUAGCACCCUUGACGAAUCAUUGCUGGCCUGGCGGACAGAAGAGGCGUAUGACCUUGUACCUUCUCCUGCCUUCGACUCUUUGACCUCGAACAAGAGAUAUCUCGCUUUGCUCGCCACCAGCCCAGCAGCCUUCAAGCAUUGCCAAAACGUCAGUCGCCAUCGCAUUGGCAUAGCUGGAGCUCCACGCUUUCUGUUAGCAGCAGCGGGUCUGAUACAGUUUUGCCCCGACGAGCGAUCCAUGAUAUACCAGAUCGAAAAGAAGACUUACGCCAUUGUGCUGGGUUGUACCUACAGGACGCCAUCGACAAAUUCUGACGAAUGGGAGCGCGAUGCUUGCUGCCUCGUUGUAUCAGCAGUGGCCUGCGGGCACUUGCGAAGAGUCCAUCUGGCUGGUUCUGUCCAGGACAAUCCUCUGCUUUUCCCCAAGAUCACACCGACUCACACAAUGAGGUUAUACUUGCACAGCGUGGAAAAGGACGCAGAUCAAUGCUGA